AUGCUCAGAUGUUUCGAGAUACCUGAACUUCAGCAACGGGGCAUUUUAGCCACCACGAUCUUUAUGCAGGACGGGGCUUCACCUCACAUUGGUAGGUGUGUCAAACAGUUACUGCAGCAACAUUUCACGAAUGAUCGUAUUGUAGCCCGAAACUUCCCUAUUUCUUGGCCACCCCGAUCACCAGACCUCAACCCCUGUGACUUCUGGUUGUGGGAUUAUCUCAAAGCCAUUGUUUAUGGUGAUAACAUAACCAAUUUAGUGGAAUUGAAGAAUAUGAUACAAAGACAUGUCCGUAACAUUUCUCCAGAUAUGCUAAGAAGUGCUGUUGAGAAUGCAAUAUUGCGAUUUAAUUUGCUUUCGGAAAAUGGCGGAUGUCACAUUGAGAUGCUUUGUAGCAACAAUAAAAGUGUUUGCAACUGA